AUGGAAUCUGAUGAAAAUAUUUUUGAUAAUAUUACCAAUUCUGAGUUUGAAAAUAAUCUAUCAAGUUUAUCAAGUGAAAAAUUACCCAAUUCCUCUGAAAAUGAGCCACAAUCUAAAAAAAUAAAAACCAACUUUGACUCUUCUGAAAAUAACCAGAAAGAUAGUUAUGUAUGGUUAUAUUUACAGGUUAGAAAUCAAAAAACAACAUGUAAAAUUAUUAUUCCAUCUAAAGGAAAGGAGGUAGAGUAUGGAGCCACUUAUAAAUAUGAUAGUGGAACGGAAUUAUUUGAAGAACCUAUUUACGAUGAAAAUAUUACUUCUGAUAAUGAAAAUUCAAGCUCUAUUGAAAAUAAUUUUGAUAGUUCAUUAUCAGUUGACUCAAUUAUUAAAACUAUAGAAAAU